AAUGUUUAUCUUCUGCAUCGUGAAACUUUUCAAUAGCAACAGCUAGAGGGCUUUUUUUAUUUUUUAUUUCUAAAUUAUAGGAUCUCGCUAUUUCAUGGCUCGACUUUGAAAACAAAAAAAGAAGGAAAACACUGGGAUCCGAGUGGCCAAAUUUGUGCCGGCCACGCAGACCGGGGCCCCGAUACAUGCUGCCGGAGAUCUUUUCCCACACAGGUUCGAGCACAGCUGUCCAAAGGCUGCGAUGUCAUCAAAGAUGCACAGUGCCAGUCGCGUAGCUCAGGCCAGACGGAUGGUGCAGCAGCUGAGGAUAGAGGCCAGCAUGGAGAGGAUAAAGGUGUCCAAGGCUUCAUCAGACCUGAUGCGCUACUGUGGAGAACACGCCAAGAGUGACCCGCUGCUCAUGGGCAUCGCCGCUUCGGAAAACCCUUUCAAGGACAAGAAGCCUUGCACUGUGUUGUAGGGGAACACCUGAACAGUUGUUGCUUUCCUUUUUGAUUCUUAUGUGGAAAGAAAAAGAUGAAAGUAACAUUGUUCACGACUUAUCUUAAGGCCAGUGUAACCCUUCCCCCCCUUACCUUUUCACACGCAGUUCGAGGAAUAUAUUUCCUCUCUGCUUUGUCUUCAGAUCCCAGUUACAAACCCAGUCAGCAGAUUUUUUGGGGGAAUUGUACGUUUCUUCAAACCCCGGGAUACGGACACAAAUUUCUGAACCCAAAAAUAAGUAUGUUUCAUAUCGGCCUUGAAUCACGCUUGCAGAAACGCACAAUGCCACACGGUUAACAUUGUGAAAUGAUUGGUUCGUAUAAGGCAACAAAGCUACUUGGUUAUGGUUAGAAGACAAAAAGAGUGUUAAAAUAAUAACAAAACAACGUCACAUAACAACCGGAACAAAAACUACCGUGAAUAAAGGACAACCGCCCUUUCUACAAAUGGAACAAUGCCACAACUAAAUACAAAACAAUGUCCACAUUCAACGUAUCCCGUGGUUUACAGAAAUGUACAAUGCUAAAAAAGAUUCCUAGCAAAUAAUGCAGUUACUCCAAAGAAGGAGCAGAAGUCUGAAGCUGAAGGCUGAGAGGAGCUGUGUCGUGGACGGCAGAGUUCCUGACUCUCUCAUUAUCACAGCGCACAUAAACAAGCCCCCUCAACCACACGGUCCAAUCAGAUUCAGGCUUUAAGCUUUCACCUCUUACUUACAUCAGACCUGCUUCCGGAAAAACAGUUGUUGUAGGUUGUGUGCUCCUGAUAAUGAGCACCCGAGAUAAUGAUAUCCUGUCGACGGACGAGCGAACUGAGCCGUCCGUCACAUGAAAACGAAGAGGAAAGAGCAGAGGUCCACUGAUGCUCCUGCUUUAUUUGUGUCAUCUAGUCACAAUCAUAAUAGUCUUUAAAAAGUGCCCAUUAAAUUGUUCUCUUUUUAAAAUUUGAGCACACACAGACAAAUGUGUAAUUCAACUUUUUCCAGCGACAAACCUAUCACUUAAAAUGUUGACUGGAUGUUUAUUUUUGAGAUAUGGAGAAUAGCUUUUGCCGGCGUUGGGAGACAGAGUUCACUUAAUUUUGGGAUAAAUGAACUCAGUUGUUCCUUCGAGUUACUUUGAAUUCCUUUUACACGCUUUUUUAAUGCUGACAUCAAUUGAAUCUAAGCUAUUAAAUAUGAUUUGUGUGACGUCUGAAUACCAGAGGGAUAAAUUAUCUCGACAAAACA